AUGCCAGCCUUGUCCUCGCUCUGGACCGUCUACACUUACCGCUCCGCAGCGAGUCUACCCAAGCUCCGCGUUCGGGGCGACAUCAACUUGCCCUCGGUUGAUGUCUUGGUCGUAUCCUCCGGACAACCCGACGAAAUCGGUUUCGACUGCGCCAUAGCAGCGGCUGCGAUGGACUACCCCGCUCACCGAUACCGCGUCAUGGUCCUCGACUCUGCUAACUCGCCGACGCUUCAACGCGAGCUCCAAAAACACGUCAAAACGCAAGCUUGCCCCCACUUGUCGUACCACCGUGCAGCUUCGACAGCGACCAACAAGGGUGUGUUCCGCACUCGCGCUGAAGCGGUCACCUUUGGCCUCAAAGAAGCGAGCUCGUUUGGGGCCAAAGGACCCGCCGAGUUCGUGGCCGUUCUCGAAGCCGAUGUCAUCCCCGAUCGCAACUACCUUCGAGCUACGCUGCCGACCAUCGUUGCGGACUCUGAGAUUGCCCUCAUUAAAACCCCGCAUGGUUUCAUCAACCUCCCUCGUCGAGUCUUGCAAUCCGUCUUGACGCUCUCACAAGCCGCGAAGACGUCUUCUGAACAUCGUUCAGGUUUCGUCAUGCGCCGCAGCGCAGUAACAGAGAUCGGUGGUUUCCCCUCCAAGUCGUGGAUGCCCGAUGGCGAGCUUGAAGCGAUGAUGUGGGGUAAUGGGUACAAGGUCGAGGUCGUUAAUGAGGUGCUGCAGUGGACCAUGGCGCAGCCCACGUAUGGCGCGCAGAUCAACGCGAUGAUGAUCAACGCCAUUGGUCCUCUUCGAACGGCGUCGAGGUUCAACUUUUUCGUCUACUCGAGCAUGAUCAAGAGCAUGGUGAGUCUGAAAUAGUUUACAUUUUUUCCGCACUUUGAUUUGUUGGCGCUCAUGCUUCCCUGUGCGAUGCUUCUUGCAGUCUCUCGCGAACCGACUGUACUUCCUCGGCCGGGCCCUGGUCCCCUUCUUUUCCCUCCUCCUCAUGGCCCUCACGUCCUUCUACCCCUUCCUGCUUUCCUAUGGUGAAUUGUUGGUAAUCGCUCCCGACGUCGUCCAGCUCACCUCUCUGCUCGAGUCCGCGCUGGUCAUGAUCGUCCUCUCUCGCCUCCACGAAGUCGUCUGGUGCUGGGCAACAGGGACCUCCUCUCCCCGUCGCUCACUCCAAGCCUGGAUCUUCGCCGCCCCCUAUCAUGGUCUCGCCCUUUUCCGCCUCAUCCUUCCCAGAGCCAUCGGAGGGUUCUCGAACGCCUCGGACGUCUCGGUCCCCCAAACCGAAGAGACCGUCACCCGUCCCUCCUUCAUCAAGCGCCUCUUCUGGUUCGUCAUCGACCCUCACGUCGGUUACUUCGCCGUCUACCUCGCCGCGAUCGGCGUCUCCCUCUGGAGAGUCCUGAAAGAGUAUCAACUCGACGCCGCGAUGGAGCAUUCGCAUCAGGUGGUUUUGACUUUAAUCUUGACGCUUGCUUGGCCGAGUUUGGUCUGGCUGGACUUUUUCUUCGCUUCCCUCGUGCCUUUGUGAGCGACUCUUCACGCCCCUUUUCUGGUCCAAUACAUACUAACAUACAUGACGUUUUAUAUCCAGCACCACCCUUCUCUUCCCCUCCCUCCUCCUCACGACCCCUAGAGAAGCCUUCGUCGUCCGGGACCACUAUUCCUUCGUCGCUCGCCCCAAACAAGAUUUCAAGACCAUGGCCCCCUGGAAACAACGUCGUGGUCCCGAAGUAUUGACGAGUAUUUUGCCCAUCCUCUGGAGUGCUGUCGUAUUGGUCUUGGCCAAGGCGAUGGAUGUGUUGGCGUGA